AUGCGAUCCCUGCUGUGGGCUGGGAGCCUGGUGCUGUGUCCCCGUGGGCUGGAGGUGACUCUCAAUGAUGAAGACUCAACCCAAAAGGCAGAGCCUGCGGACCAGCUGGUUGAUUCUUUGGAGUCCAGUACUUCGCAGAGCAGGUCGCAGAUUGGGUCACUUGUGAGUGCAGGUGCAACACAGGAUUCGAAGGAAGAAGCUGGCACUUUGGAGAACCAGGAUGUGGCUGAACUAGAAAAGAAGCUGCCUGACCAAAUCCAGUCCCUCAAAGAGGAAGCUGUUCUUCGAGUACCCAACUACCAUGUCCUUCAAGGAGCAGGGGAUAUAGUCAUGAUUCAGUCAGAUCACACUGGUGCUGUGGAUAUCCUUUCAGCUGAGCUGGAAACUACAAACCUCCUUGGGGAACAGAGGAAAGCUCAGCCUCCCCCUCUGGCUCCACCCACCAUGUGGACCACUGAGAAGACGAAGGAAUUCAAAGCCAAGAUAGGAAAGGAGAAGAACGGCCGGAUGGUGGUGAAGCGAGGCGAGGUGGUGACGGUCCGUGUGCCAACCCAUCCUGAUGGGAAAUGCAUUUGCUGGGAGUUUGCUACGGAUGACUAUGACAUUGGGUUUGGAGUGUACUUUGACUGGACCACGGUUACUAGCACUGCCAUUACUGUUCAAGUCAGCGAAUCCAGCGAUGAGGAGGAUGAAGAAGAGGAGGAGGAAAUUGAAGGACUUGCCCCUGUUGGUGAUGUGGAAAGGGGCUCCAAAAGCUACCUGCGGAACCGCUACGGAGAGAUCAUGCCUGUGUAUCGGAGGAACAGCCAUCGGGAGGUGCAGGCAGGCAGUCACGAGUACCCAGGCGAGGGCAUCUAUCUGCUGAAAUUUGAUAACUCGUACUCUCUCCUCCGCAAUAAGACUCUGUUCUUUCAUGUCUAUUACACCAGCUGAAGGAACAGGAAGGGGCAGGGAUGGCAGGCAGGUAAUGGUGAGUGUAGCAAGCUGCCACCCAGCCCUGGUACGGCUUGACGGGCACUGCUGUGUGACAGAAGCAAGGCACAAUUCUGCCGGCUCCUUUUCAGACACUAACUGGUUUCUUCCCACACCCUCCUUCCCUGCUGUCCUAGUGGAGAAAGGUAGUUGUGACUGCCUGGUUGUCCACAGGCAGCUGUUCUUUCUGUAAAACUUUGGGAGGUCUGCUCUCUGCAGGCAUCGGGCUGGGCCUUCAUGUCACAGCUGAUAAAUGGCCAGAGGCCAGGUUCAGGUGGUCUUGAUUUUGAUCUGUUACGCUGGUACGACAUGAAGUGGAAAUAUCUGUUACUAUUUUGUAAGUAGCU